UGUUGUUAUUUUAAAUGUAAAUAUACUUUCGAAGUGCUAGUGUCAUUUUAAGUAUUUAACAAAUAAAUUUCAUAAUCUAUUGGAUCGAACCAGACUCAAUGAAAUUGAAAAAAGAAGAAGAGGGAUAUAAAGUGAGAGGGGAGCUGGAAACGGAAAAAAAGAGAGCAGAGGAGAGACGAUCGGCGGCUUCAAUCGGCGGCAUUCUGGAGCAGCAGCCUGGGGUCCAUCUUCUUCCUCCAAUUUCAGAAAAAGCAUGUGUUGAUGACAAAGAAUGCGUGCUUGAAGUGAAGAUUGUGCCAAGAUAACAAAAGCAAGCAAAGAAGUGCUCGGGAGUUCAAGACCAAAGACCCCAAGACGUAGGUCAUUAGGUAGAACUCAAUGUAAGAUCAACAUUGAAGUUAUCUUAGCUUUUGUCUCAACUAAAGUCAUUUUUCAUAU